AACAAUAAUAAUAUAUAUAAAGUUCAAUAACGUUGCUUCAUCUUCCUCUGGUUUUCUGUUUUUUUUCUCUGCUUCUGCAUUGCGUCUCUGUCUUCUAACACCAAUAGCAAUGGCAGAGACGCAAGUGAAAGCAGAAACAUCUGUUUCAUCUUCAGCUCCGGUUGUAGUUGAGGUACCAUCAAACGAUGCUUCUGAAACGGCUAAGGCUGCUGAGGAAUCUAAAGAAACACCAGAGACACCAGUUCCUGCAAACAAACUAAGCUCAAAAGGAGGAUCUCUAGAUAGAGAUAUUGCUUUAGCAGAACUUUCCAAAGAGAAAAAGUUAUCCUAUGUGAAAGCAUGGGAAGAGAGUAAAAAAACCAAAGCAGAUAACAAAGCUCAUAAAUACAUCUCUUCCAUUGCUUCUUGGGAAAACAGCAAGAAGGCUGCUCUCGAAGCCGAGCUCAAAAAGAUCGAGGAAAAACUAGAGAAAAAGAAAGCACACUAUGGUGAAAUAAUGAAAAACAAGAUAGCAGUAAUUCACAGGGAAGCACAAGAGAAAAGAGCAGUAAUUGAAGCCAAACGAGGCGAGGAAGUUCUUAAGGUCGAGGAAAUGGCUGCAAAAUACCGUGCAACCGGAACUACUCCGAAGAAAAUAGUUGGCUGCUUUUGAAUAUUUUUCUUUUUCCACAAUAAUUAUCUAGUUGCACAUUUUGUCUUUAUAUUUCUUUGAGCUCAAUAUGUUUCUGUGUAAAAAGCAGAAGAAAAUUGCUCAAAGAAUAAGCAAAGUUUGUUAAUGCCUUUUGUAAAUCAUUGACAUACAUGGAAUGUUCGAUUAUGGUUUUA